GGCAAAAAAAAAUUCUAACGGAAACUCUGGUCCCUAGGUAUCUGGUUUAGUAUUCUAAAUGGGUCUAAAAUGAAUCGGAGUGCAGCGUGUAUCAGAGGGUAAAACCUUUUCUGUUUCUAUUUGUGCUUCCAUCCUGUGUGAUGUCACUGCGACCCUCUUGGCAGAUGUUCAGUCCUCCAGAGACUGGCUCUGACCGGUUCUGUCUCUGUCCUCAGGGGGUUCUGUCCAACAUCUCGUCCAUCACAGACCUGGGGGGGCUAGACCCAGUCUGGCUCUUCAUGGUGGUCGGGGGGAUCAUGUUCAUCCUGGGCUUUGCAGGAUGUAUUGGAGCACUGCGGGAGAACACCUUUCUACUGAAGUUUUUCUCCGUGUUUCUGGGAAUCAUCUUUUUCUUGGAGUUGACGACGGGGAUCCUGGCGUUUGUCUUCAAGGACUGGAUUAAAGACCAGCUCAACCUGUUCAUCAACAACAACAUCCGGGCGUACCGCGACGACAUCGAUCUACAGAACCUCAUCGAUUUCACCCAGGAAUACUGGGACUGCUGCGGUGCGUUCGGAGCGGACGACUGGAACCUCAACAUCUACUUUAACUGUACUGAUGGGAAUCCCAGCCGGGAAAAGUGUGGAGUCCCCUUCUCCUGCUGCACCAAGGACCCCGCGGAGGACGUCAUAAACACUCAGUGUGGAUACGACAUCCGAGCUAAACCAGACUCGGAGCAGAAGGACUACAUCAACGUGAAGGGCUGCGUGCCUCAGUUUGAGAAGUGGCUGCAGGACAACCUGACCCUGGUGGCGGGCAUCUUCAUCGGGGUCGCACUACUGCAGAUCUUUGGAAUUUGUUUGGCCCAAAACUUAGUGAGUGACAUCGAAGCUGUGCGGGCGAGUUGGUAAGAAAUGAGCUUUACUUUGAA